GUGGUCACGUGAUCACGCGGGGAUACGGUGGAUCCUCCCGCUCGGACCAUCAUCAUCACCAUCAUCAUCAUCAUCACAGACCCGAGGCUGUAACAAGGACGAGCUUUUUCCACUGCCAGAAAGACAAGUCUGAUAAAAAAAAAAAUCCGCUCAGCAUUAUUCCACGCAUGUCGUGUGUUUUGUCUGUCGUGCGCGUGAGCUCAGCUCUGGGUCACGGCGCGUGUCGAGUGGACGGAUUUCCGCUCUGGGACGAGGAACAAACAAAUGACCGAUUCGGUGAGAUGUGUGUUGAAUGUUAAGAGCGACGCGAGGGUUAAACUCUCCUCCCUGUAGCUGUGUGUAAGCAGUAAGACUCACACAAUCGUUCGUUUAACGUUUUUCUCUCACGAACCUUUUCGUCGUUGUUUUUGUGCAUGUCGUUAUGGGAAUGUGUGUUCGGUGUCUCCGAGCCGCCUGUGGCUGAAACCAUGCUCGCCUUUGGACAGCCAUGAGAUCAUUUUUGAACUAUUUUUUUUUCCUCCAGGUUUUAAGUCGUACCCAUGGCCGUGUCGUGACUUUCUUCAAUAACGACUCUUCCUUUCUUUCUUUCUUUCCUCUAAGACAUUUCGGAUGAACCGCUCAUGAGACGGACCCAUGGACACCAGUGACGCGUUCACGUUAACGCUGCUCUAAACCUGUCCUGAUAUGUUCAUCUGAAUGGUUUUUUUUUUUUAUUGGAUUGUGACGUUACAUUAAUACACAAAAGGACAUCCAGGACAUCUUUGUUAGUCAUCAGUAAAUAUCUGGGAGGAGGGGAACAAAAACAAACUAACUGUUGCUGCCUGACAAGCCGGUGGGAUUCAGAGUGCUUUCAUUCUCAUUAACGCUGUUGUUCAACCAACACAAAAUGGCCAAUGACACAAUUCAAAGUGAUCCGGGUGGGUUGUCCGUGCUGGAACAGCUGGGUCUGGACCACGGCUCGGACUUUUCCGAUUCAAGCGUGCAGCAGCGGCUGGACGAGGAACGCGAGAAGAUCCGCCGGGAGAUCCGCAAGGAGCUGAAGAUCAAGGAAGGAGCAGAGAACCUGCGACGUGCAACCACUGAUAAACGCAAUGCCCAGCAGGUGGACAACCAGCUGCGCUCCUCCAACCGGCGUCUCCAGUCGCUCCAUGCACAGCUCCAGGAGCUUGACGCCCAUAUUGUUGUCAAGGGAACGGAUGAGGCUCGUGAUGAUGUGCCUCGUUCUCCUGGCACAGAGAGCCGGGCAUCGGCCCAUCAGGAGCGCGUUGCCGCGCUGGAGAGGCAGCUCAACAUAGAGCUCAAAGUCAAGCAGGGCGCUGAGAAUAUGAUCCCUAUCUACGCCAACAGCACUACCAAGGAUAAGAAGAUGUUGCAGACCGCCCAGCAGAUGCUCCAGGACAGCAAAACCAAGAUCGACAUCAUUCGCAUGCAGAUCCGCAAAGCAGUGCAGGCCUAUGAACACACUGAGGACAUACAAGGAAAGCCCGACCCGUGUGGGAUAGAGCUGAGGAUCGAGGAACUGAGGCACCACUACCGGGUGGAGCAUGCUGUUGCAGAGGGAGCCAAAAACGUUCUGAGACUGUUGGGAGCCAGCAAAGUGCAUGACAAAAAAGCCAUGUGCGAGGCUCAGUGUCGUCUGAGCGAGUCCUCUCAGAGGCUGGAUCUGCUGAAGCUCUCUUUAGACCAGCGGCUGGCUGAUCUGCCUGAGGAUCAUCCCAAAGCCUGUCUGAUCAAAGAGGAGCUCGUCCUGGCCUCCUCACCCACUUUCAGCUCACGUCACGGCACCCCCUACCUACACAACCAGUACAGCACACUGUCCAAACCCUCUCCUCUCACCGGCAUGCUGCAGGUGAAGUUACUAGGCUGUGAGGGCUUGUUGGAGGUGGUUCCGGGUCGUAGCCGUGGCAGCCCGGUGGUGUUGCCGUGCUACAGUCCCGGCGAGGCUCGCUCCUUCAUGCGCAGUGGGAAAGGCCUUUACAGCCGAAGUGGCAGCGUCAGCGGCAAGAGUGCACCGAAAACAGAUGAGCUCUCCUCGGAGGUGAGUGCUGUGCUGAAGCUGGAUAACACCGUGGUGGGUCAGACAGCAUGGAAGACAGUCGGAGAACAUACCUGGGACCAAACGUUCACUAUAGAGCUUGAAAGGUCUAGAGAAAUGGAGAUAGCUGUGUAUUGGAAAGACUAUCGCUCUCUGUGUGCGCUGAAAUUCCUGAAGCUGGAGGACUUCCUGGAUAACCAGAAACACACAGUUAAGCUAGAGCUGGAACCACAGGGCCUGCUGCUGGCUGAGGUGACGUUCUUUAACCCGGUCAUCGAAAGGGUUCCACGCCUUAAGAGACAGAAGAAAGUAUUCUCUAAACAGCAGGGUAAAGCUUUCCUGCGUGCUCGCCAGAUGAACGUGGAUAUCGGCACGUGGGUGCGGCUGUUGAGGAACGCCAUUCCGACCGUUAACAACACGGGAACAUACAGUCCCAAUGCAGCUCACACAAUACAGUCUGGGGAGAUCUCUGUGGAGAAACUGAGCCUGGACUCGGAUUCCCCCAUGAAAGUGGAACUCAGGAGAGACGUGACAGAUGGACAGACACCGGAGAGACCAAAUGUCAUUGAGCCGUGCUCUCCUCUGGACUCUUCCACACCUCAAAGACCCAACAGAACACACUCGCUCAGCGGUAAACAGAAGAAAACUCCAUUGAGGCUUCAAGAUUUCAGGUUGAUCGCCGUGCUGGGCAGAGGUCAUUUUGGCAAGGUAUUGCUGGCGGAGUAUAAGAAAUCAGGCUCGAUGUAUGCUAUCAAAGCACUGAAGAAAGGAGACAUUGUGGCCAGAGAUGAAGUGGAGAGCCUGAUGUGUGAGAAGCGGAUCUUUGAGAUAGUGAACAGCUCUCAGCACCCAUUCCUGGUGAACCUGUUCGCUUGCUUCCAGACACCGGAGCAUGUGUGUUUCGUCAUGGAGUACACAGCGGGCGGAGAUCUCAUGAUGCACAUCCACGCCGAUGUAUUCGCCGAGCCACGGGCUGUGUUCUAUGCUGCCUGUGUGGUUCUCGGCCUUCAGUUUUUACACGACAACAAGAUCGUAUAUCGGGACCUAAAAUUGGACAAUCUGCUGCUUGACACAGACGGAUAUGUGAAAAUAGCUGAUUUCGGACUGUGUAAAGAAGGUAUGGGCUUUGGGGACAGGACGAGUACCUUCUGUGGCACUCCAGAGUUUCUGGCUCCGGAGGUUCUGACAGACACGUCCUACACACGGGCGGUGGACUGGUGGGGACUCGGAGUCCUGAUCUACGAGAUGCUUGUUGGAGAGUCUCCGUUUCCAGGAGAUGACGAGGAGGAGGUGUUUGACAGCAUAGUGAACGAUGAAGUCCGUUACCCACGAUUCCUGUCGUCAGAAGCGAUCGGCAUUAUGAGGAGGCUGUUGAGGAGGAACCCGGAGAGGAGGCUGGGUUCUGGAGAGAAGGAUGCUGAAGAAGUUAAGAAGCAGCCUUUCUUCAGGAAUAUGGACUGGGAGGCUCUCCUCCUGCGUAAACUUCCCCCUCCGUUCGUUCCCACUAUUGGAGACAGCGAGGACGUGAGUAACUUUGAUGAAGAAUUCACAACGGAGGCACCCACUCUCACGCCGCCGCGAGAACCCCGUGUGCUCUCACGCAAGGACCAGGACAGCUUCCGUGACUUUGACUACGUCUCUGACCUCUGCUGAGCUCCCGUCAAGGUCACAAAGGGGUCAGAGUUCCUAGACCUUUUACAGUCUUCUAGGAUUGUUUAUUUCGCCCCACUGUGAUAUUACAAAGAAAGACGAUCAUAACCACUACACUGUGACUCGGCAAAGUUGAAGGGCUGUUGUUUAGGAUGGCUCGUGUGUUGAAGAGAAUGUGUGGAGUUUUUACACUGUGAUGGAGGAUGAAAGUGGCAAAAGACAAGAAAUAUGAUAGAAACGUCGACUCUUUCUUCAGACGCUUUUAUCCAGAGCGGCCUACGAGUGAGCCAGAAUCCAGUCCAAGUACACGGCUAAGCAAGGUUAAGGGACACAACAGUGACUGGGAUUUCAACUCACAACUUUCCAGCCACAAGUACAGGGUCCUAACCACGGAGCUACCACUGCCCAUGUGAAACAACUUAAAAUGUAGUCUUUAUUGUCUCUUUAUCUCUGACUUUCACCUCACAGCCAUUCAGUAACUGAAGAUCCUCUUCCUUUCUUACCUGUUAAGGUGUUUGGACCCACUGAAAUUCUUUUACAUUCUCAAAUACCACGGGGAUGCCUUAACUUUAUACGCUGUCCCUUUAGAAUCUUCUAGUCUGUCUUGUAAGCAUGUUAGUUGAAAGAAAGAUCUCGUCAAUGGAUGGAGUGAUAUAAUGCAAGUAUCGUGACCUUCACUUGAUAUAAAAUGAUGCUAUAUAUACGACAUCGCGAAAGCUAAAAUGAGCAUAAAACGUAAAGCACCUAAAGUCAUAGUGUGAAUUUACAGAAUUGGAAUAUGUGUCAAAUACUCCCGAUAUAAAUCACACUUUAUAUUAUACUGCAGUUAUAACACCCUGCACAUGGCAUUAUACUGACCAAACUUUUUAAAUAAUAUCUGUAAAAAAAAAAAAGAUAGGUUUGAGACCAAAAUGAGUUUAAAUUAACAGCAAAAUCUGAUCCUGUGCUAAAUGUAACUCAGAAACUUCAAAGCCAGUUUAAAACCGGGGCUCAUUAAACAUCUCAGAAUAGAUUAUGCUUUAGCUAGGAGUGUACACCUCAGGCUUUCACAUAAUAUGAUAAGACUCUGAAAUCUUGAGGAAACGAUACAACAUUUGACGAUACUCCAGAACCUGCUACGAUGAGCGACUCUGCGAUUUAGUAGCCUCCUAGUGAUAUGUCACCAACUUUGUUUAGAAUCCGGUGUAUCCCUACCAUUCAUUUGCAAAUGAUGAUGAGAGGACUGUUUUAAGUAUCAGAGUUCCGGGCAAAUCAACUUGCUAAACCUAUUUACACACCAGUCCUCUGUUUUUUUAUUUAUAAUCAAUUGAAAUUCAUAAUUAUUAAUUUGUUGUAGUAACCCCAAAUCAUUUCAGUAGUUUUUAAAUGGAUGCAUUGAUCCAAAAUCGUCCAGUCGUUAUACCGCUAUCUUCAGCACAUACAAACGUACUUUUAACUACGAACAGUUUGGGAUUUAAAAAGCAAAGAUAGACCGAUACCUCUAAAAUUAUUGCGAUGAAGGAAUGAACAGGUUCGGAUCCAAAAUUGCUGUGAGUUCUUGGUUUUGCUUUAUUAUUUUUUUUCUUUUAAUGAAGGAUGGGUUUUUAGUUUUUGUGGGGUUUUUUCUUCUUCUUCUUUGUUUUAGGUGGGAAUAUGUAGCAAAUUCUUUUUAAAAAUCCCGAUCCUGUAUUGUUAAAUUCAACCGCAUUUUAUAUUUCCCCUCCUUGAAAUCACUGGCUUGUGUAAUGUAAAGGUUUUUAUGUGCAAAAUGGAGUUACUUUUGCAUAGCACACAGAUACGAAUACACUGUGACAAACUUGUAGCACAACUUCUUCGUAGACCUUUUAUCUGCAGACGUCAUUAAUGUCUGUGCAUCGACCAUCACAACAUCGGGACAGUAAAUCGAACUACACUCUGCUUCUGUUUCCAGUGAUCCGGAGGUCAGUAUGAAUCCUGUCAUUCCAGUGUACACUUAUUACACAACGUUUGAGAUGAGCUCUAUUUAUAAAGAUGUGUUGUACAUAACCGUUGUGUUUGUCUUUAUAAAUAAAUAAAUUGAUCAGCAAUGA